AUGGCAGCAUUAGAUAUGUUCUUAUUAAAGCCGGUAGAGGGAGAGAAAGAAACGAGUUUGUGGCACCAAGGCCAAACCGUCCAAGAGCCAAAAGAACAAGUUCCUACUGCCUACAUUGCAGUAGCACGUGUCCGCCGGGGCCUCAAUGCAGGCCCACCCGGCGAGGUCAAUAACCGGGUCAGCUUCGGAGACGAACCUUCUGGUUUACUUGGACUCAAAGACCAUAGGCUUCCAGGGGGUCUGAGGGUGGAAUCGAGAAUGCCUGAAGAGAAGAGAUGGAAGUAGGAUAUAGCACGACAAGACAGAGCAGGGGAGAAACGAGUCAUCGGCCGGGCCACUGUGGAGGUUCCCAUCGGCAGUUUCACCUGAUAACGGUCUUCCAACCAGCCCCGAAAUGUCCCGAGCACUCUCACUCUUCCAGCCUUUUAUUAUUGCCGUUUUGGUCUGUUAAUAGAAAUUAAAGAGUCAAAUUUACAGAAGAAUUUGCCCUUGUUUAAUCGUUAAAUAUGAGAGAUGAAGAAAAAGGAAUUUUUUUUUUUUAAUAAAUUAAAACAGACAAAUAUCAUAAUAAAUAAAUAAGACUGGAUAAAUGUUUUUUUCAUUGAUAUUUAAAACUGUAUUAUAAAAAAAAAUACAACUAGUAAAUGUGCACACAAUAAUAAUACAAUCACAUGAAAACGCUUGUUGAGAAACUACCCAUUGGUAGCACUCUAAUAAUAUAUUUAUAAGGAUGAAUGUUAUUUAUUUUAUUUUAUUUUUUUUCUUAUUUAUUUAUUUUUUUAAUUUGCGUUGUAUCAUAUUUUAUUUCAUCUGUUUUACUAAGCUUUCUUUUCUUAUUUUUGUUGUAAUUUCUAUUAUUUUUGUAAUUGUAUAUAUUGUAUGAAUGAGUUUCUCACAUCGCAAAUACUCAAUGCCCUUGAUUGAGGCAAAAUGUAUUUUUUUCUCAAAAAAAAAAAAAAAUAUAUUUACAUAAGUAGAUCAUAGAAUGUUUCGGGGUUACUUUUCAAUCAUUUUAAAAAAAGAUUUACUACACAUUAAAUCAUCAACUCAUUCAUUACACUAAAAAUAUACAAGACUAUAUUUAAGAAAACGCCGAAAGAAAAGCCAUAUAAUUUCACUAUUUUUUAUGUAUUAUUUUAUUUUUAAUAUUUGUACUAAAACAAAUCUGCUUUCAAAUAAAAAUUUUGUUUGCUUGCAUUUUUAUCUUUCAGUAAAUUCAUUCUCUUGAUCCUUCAAUUAUUUUUCCCUAUAAAUAUAUUUCAUAAAACUUGAAUAAAUUAAGUUAAAGAUGUGCAAUAAAAUAUAUUUAUCAUAUAAACAUAAUUAUUUGUAUUAUCAAUAAUAGAUCAAAUAUGGGAUAGAAAUAACACUCGACUAUUCAAAGCUGCAUAUACUUAUUGGGUCUACACCUAUAGAUAUUACCAAUGUAAUUAAAUUAUAUUUAGUUGACCUUUUACCACAAAUUAUAUCAAUUACACGAACAACUUUGGAUAGAGUAGGAAUCAACUUCAAUCAAUAAUUUGGGAUAAUUAAUAUACAUUAAAAAAACAUUCUUAAUGGCAUCUAGCUACGAAUUAAUUAUAUAUAUGAGAGUCUCUAAUAUAAAGUAGUAUCUGCAUGUUAAAAAAAAAAUAGGAAAAUGAGUCAACAUGAAUAUUUCUCAACCUUUACAUCCAAUUUGAGAAAAAGUAUAUUUAUUAGAAAAUUAUAUGAAUUUUUUAUAUGACGAAGAUGUUUAUUUCAAAGGUCAAGAGACACAAAAACCUUGAAGUAAAUAAUUAAUAUAAAUAAAACAUUAGAACUGCAGGCCAUAAAGGUCUUCGAAUUCAGUACUUCGUACCUUGUACUUCGUGAAAGUACUAUUUAUAGAUCAACAUUUAUACAAGAAAUCGAUGCGUUCAGCAUCAACGUUCGACCUACAGGUUUGUAUCAAAUCAUUGGCGGAUUGAGAGAUAGUACGUGUGUCUUCCCGAAAAAUUAAUAAAAUUUUAAGUUUUUGAAUAAUUAUGUAAUCUUCAAUAUAUAAAAUCCUUCAAUAAUAUACAUCUUUCAAAUAUUUAUCCUAAACAAAUCAAGAUUUGUUUCGAAAUGGAAUAAGUAUUUUUUUAAAAUAUAUUUCGAAACUUUACUAACACUUUUUAACUAACACUUAGUUGUUUAUCGUAUCCAAAACUUUUUGACACUUCUUUCGGCCUGGCCAGCCUCCCUCUCGAAGACUUCUGCCAGGUUUCCGUACCUUCCUCUACAUCCUGCAACCAUUCCUCUUUUCCGCCUUUCUAUCUUUUGUAUAGAGACUUACCUACUUGUUCCAUAACAUAGAAUUUAGUGUCCUAAUUAUCCUCCUUCCUCUUGUGAUUUUUCCAUGAUGUCCUUGGAGGAGCUUCCAUCCUCAGUUAUCCAUCUACCUGGAUAUUUAAAUUCAUGGACUUUUUUUCUAAUUCCAAGUGCCAUAUACUUCGUUAUUUCUUUAUUCAUCUCUUGCUCUAUAUUCCUCCAAGACCUUCCUUAGCAUAUAACAUCUUCAUCGUCAUUCGCUAUUCCUAUUCGGUCUUCGGCAAAUUGUAGGAUAUAAGAGUAUUGUAGGAUAUCAUCUACCAGUAUUCCCAUCUCCAUGCAAUCCUUCUUCCAUACUUUUAGAACCUGAUAUUUUGAAACUCAUUCCCUUAAAAUGGAAACACGAAAUUCACACGCAUGCAAGCACGGAGAAAUAAUUUGAUAAACGUCAUUAAACUGUUUCUUUUUUUUGUUGUUUAUUCGUGAAAGUUCUUGACCAUAAUCAUUUUAAUUUUUAAACUAAUAAUUAAUAUGUUCGUAAUUAGAUUUUAAUUUUCUUAAUUUAAAUAAUUUGUGUUAAAAAACAGUUCUUAGAAAGGUCAAUCGAAUAUUUUCCCAUGAUUC